UAAACUAAAGGUUGGGGAGUGGAAAUUGCGAUAAAGAUGAGUUUGAAACUUUUAUGAAGCAGAAAGAAAGGACUUGGAGGAGAAUUAGAUGUCUGGAAGUUAGGGAGAAGAAAAAAUCAGAUGAUUCUGAGAUUUUAAGCUUUGGAGGAUGGGUGGAUAGUGAUGUCAUAAUAAUGAGAGUUAGAACCUAUAGGAGGAGGAAUAGGCUUGGUUAGGGCAAGUGAGCAGUUUUGAAAAUGAUCAAUUAAAGGCACCAUCUUUGGGACUCCCAGGGGAGGUACAGUAAGAAGGCAGUUGGAGAAAGCAGCAAUGCAGCAAGUGUUGGAUAACCUUACGGAGCUACCCUCAUCUACGGGAGCAGAGGAAAUAGACCUCAUUUUCCUCAAGGGGAUUAUGGAGAAUCCUAUUGUAAAAUCACUUGCUAAGGCUCAUGAGAGGCUAGAAGAUUCAAAACUAGAAGCUGUGAGUGACAAUAACUUGGAAUUAGUCAAUGAGAUUCUUGAAGAUAUCACUCCUCUAAUAAAUGUGGAUGAAAAUGUGGCAGAACUGGUUGGUAUACUCAAAGAACCCCACUUCCAGUCACUCUUGGAGGCCCAUGAUAUAGUGGCAUCCAAGUGUUAUGAUUCACCUCCAUCAAGCCCAGAAAUGAAUAAUUCUUCUGUCAAUAAUCAGUUAUUACCAGUUGAUGCUAUUCGUAUUCUUGGUAUUCACAAAAGAGCUGGGGAACCAUUGGGUGUAACAUUUAGGGUUGAAAAUAAUGAUCUGGUAAUUGCCCGAAUCCUUCAUGGAGGAAUGAUAGAUCGACAAGGUCUGCUCCAUGUGGGAGAUAUCAUUAAAGAAGUCAAUGGCCAUGAAGUUGGAAACAAUCCAAAGGAAUUACAAGAAUUACUGAAAAAUAUUAGUGGAAGUGUCACCCUAAAAAUUUUACCAAGCUAUAGAGAUACCAUUACUCCUCAACAGGUAUUUGUGAAAUGUCAUUUUGAUUAUAAUCCGUACAAUGAUAACCUGAUACCCUGCAAAGAAGCAGGAUUGAAGUUUUCAAAAGGAGAAAUUCUUCAGAUUGUAAACAGAGAAGAUCCAAACUGGUGGCAGGCUAGCCAUGUAAAAGAGGGAGGAAGCGCUGGUCUCAUUCCAAGCCAGUUCCUGGAAGAGAAGAGAAAGGCGUUUGUUAGAAGAGACUGGGACAAUUCAGGACCUUUUUGUGGAACCAUAAGUAGCAAAAAAAAGAAAAAGAUGAUGUAUCUCACAACCAGAAAUGCAGAAUUUGAUCGUCAUGAAAUCCAGAUAUAUGAGGAGGUAGCCAAAAUGCCUCCCUUCCAGAGAAAGACAUUAGUGUUGAUAGGAGCCCAAGGUGUGGGACGAAGAAGCUUGAAAAACAGGUUCAUAGUAUUGAAUCCCACUCGAUUUGGAACUACAGUGCCAUUUACUUCACGGAAACCAAGGGAAGAUGAAAAAGAUGGCCAGGCAUAUAAAUUUGUGUCACGAUCUGAAAUGGAAGCAGAUAUUAAAGCUGGAAAAUAUUUGGAACAUGGGGAAUAUGAAGGAAAUCUCUAUGGAACCAAGAUUGAUUCUAUCCUUGAAGUUGUCCAGACUGGGCGAACUUGCAUUUUGGAUGUCAACCCACAAGCCCUGAAAGUGCUGAGGACAUCCGAGUUCAUGCCCUAUGUUGUAUUUAUUGCUGCUCCGGAACUAGAGACAUUACGUGCCAUGCACAAGGCUGUGGUGGAUGCUGGCAUUACUACCAAGCUUUUGACGGACUCGGACUUGAAGAAAACAGUGGAUGAAAGUGCACGGAUUCAAAGAGCGUACAACCACUAUUUUGAUUUGAUCAUCGUAAACGACAAUCUAGACAAAGCCUUUGAGAAACUACAGACUGCCAUAGAGAAAUUGAGAAUGGAGCCACAGUGGGUCCCAAUCAGCUGGGUUUACUGAUGAUUCGAUAAGGUUCACAAUUAAUAAAACUUUUAAAAGUGACUGCAACAAAUAAACCUUCUACUAAGAAAAUACAUGCACAGAUAGAAGAUACCUGCCAAGCCCAGGCAUUUUUAUUGUGUAGAUUGAAAUACCAGUACACUAUUCUGAAUUUUUAUAUGAAGUGUGGUUGGGAAGGUGUACUAAUAUAUAAUUUAUCUUAAUUUUUCUAACUUUUUAUGGACAAUCUUUCUAUUCAUAUCACAUGAAGAAAUGCGUUGAAGCA